GGGGGGCAGGGGAGAGAAGUCCUUCCCUGACCAGUCCCCUUCAGUCUUAUCUCCUGCCGGGGGAGAGAGACCCUGGGAGAGGCCGGGUGGGACGGAAGGGCGCUCUGUGGCCGAACGCAGUGGUUCUGGGGUGUCUGCGUAGGGCCCUCCCUGGGUGCCCUUACUCUAGGGCCGCUUCCGGGUAUCCAAGUCGGUCUUUCAGGGCGUUUGGAGACGGGAUUCUUGGGUAACAUAGACAAGCCUUGAAAGUGGGAGCCGUUUCAUUUUUGCUCUGCAUGGAGACAAGGAUCUUCUCCAGACAUAUAGCUUAUUGCUAAAGGGAGACCCGUGUACUGCCUUGGCUCAGGAUGGCUAGACAAUCAAGAGAAAGCACAGCUCUGGACACCCAAUCUGCAGAGGACCAGAUGGGGCUUCUGGUCAUUAAGGUGGAGGAGGAAGAGGCCAGUUCACCUGGCAGCCCUGCUUUGGCCUUGGAGUGUUCCCGCCAGCGCUUCCGAGGCUUCCGGUACUUGGAGGCUCCUGGGCCCCACGAGGCACUGAGCCGGCUCAGAGAGCUCUGUCAACAGUGGCUACAACCUGAGAUGCACAGCAAGGAGCAGAUCCUGGAGCUGCUGGUGCUGGAGCAGUUCCUGACCAUCUUGCCAGGAGACCUGCAGAGCUGGGUGCGGGAGCAGCAUCCGGAGAGCGGGGAGGAGGUGGUGGUGCUGUUGGAGUAUUUGGAGAAGCAGCUGGAUGAACCGAUGCCGCAGGUCCCACGUGGUGAUGAGGGGCAAGAACUGCUCUGUUGCAAGAUGACACUGUUGACACCAGCCCAGGGAUCACAAAGCAGCCAGUUUCAGCCAAUGAAGGCUCUGCUCAAGCAUGAAUCUCUGGGAUGCCAGCCCUUACAAGACAGAGUUCUUCAGGUUCCUGGGUUUGUUCAAGGAGGGCACUGUAGAGAAGACACAGACGUAGCUGCCAGGCUCACUCCAGAGUCGCAGGUGUUGCUGAAAAUGGAAGAUAUGGCCCUGACCCUCACUCCUGAGUGGACACACCAGGGUUCAUCUCAGGUGAACCUCUACAGAGAUGAAAGGCAAGAAAAAUGUGACAGCCUGGCUUCCCAGGGUGGUGAGAUACAGACUAAAAUCAGGGACUUGCCUCCAGCUGAGGAGCUUCCAGAAAAACAGCCUGGGCAGAUGCUGUGCCACCUGGGUGCAGACACUGCCCAGAUUCCUACAUAUGCUGAACCUGGUGAACAGGAGGGCAGGCUGCAAAGAAAGCAGAAAACUGCCACAGGGGGGAGGCGGCAUGUCUGCCAUGAAUGUGGAAAGAGUUUUGCUCAGAGUUCAGGCCUGAGUAAGCACAGGAGAAUCCACAGUGGAGAGAAACCCUACGAAUGUGAGGAGUGUGGUAAAGCCUUCAUCGGGAGCUCUGCCCUCAUCAUUCAUCAGAGAGUCCACACUGGUGAGAAGCCAUAUGAGUGUGAAGAAUGUGGCAAAGCCUUCAGUCACAGCUCAGACCUUAUCAAACACCAGAGAACCCACACUGGGGAGAAGCCCUAUGAGUGUGACAACUGUGGGAAGACUUUCAGCCAGAGCUGCAGCCUCCUUGAACAUCAUAGAAUCCACACUGGGGAGAAGCCAUACCAGUGCAACAUGUGUGGCAAAGCCUUUAGGCGGAAUUCACAUCUCCUGAGACAUCAGAGGAUCCAUGGCAAUAAAAAUGUUCAGACUCUUGAGCAUAGAGAGGUUUGGGAAAGUCAGGGUAGGAUGGAAAGCCAGUGGGAAAGUGUUGAAACUCCUGUGUCUUAUAAAUGUAGUCAGCAUGGGAAAAGUUUCACUCAGAAUACAGGACUUAUUGAACAUCAAAAAAUCCACACAGGUGAGAAACCUUAUCAGUGUGACACCUGUGGAAAAGGCUUCACCCGAAUUUCAUAUCUUUUUCAACAUCAGAAAAGCCAUGUUGGCAAAAAGAAUUCUAUCACAAUGACCCAUGCUGUACAGGGGGAAGUUGGUGCUCAUUUCUCAUUGAACUAAAGCUACCCUGGACCCCUGAGUAUAGAAAUUAUAGACUGAGGCUUUAUUUACCACUACACAUCAUCAGAUGUUAGAAAAUAUAGAUGCUGGCUGGGAUGAUUUAUGUUCUACAUUAUAGAAAAUGAUUGGCAAAAAAACUAUGGGAGAGUUGUCUGGAAGAGGUAGACCUGAAAUGGUUUUUUUCUCACCUAUUGGAAUUCAGUGAACAUCCAGACUGGCUACUUGCCCUCAACCAGCACUUUAUGAUGUCUACUGGGUAGAUAGUAGGGAUUUGGGGGCUGCUGCUCUGACCGUUCUUUUUGACUGUAAUGAAUCCUCUCCACAGUUGAUCAGAUUCACAAAAUCCUAUAUCCCCGGGUGGUGCCUGUGGGUAGGGUGCCGGCCCCAUAUACUGAGGGUGAUGGGUUUGAACCUGGCCCUGGCCAGCUAAAACAGCAGUGGCAAAUGCAACAAAAAAAAGCUAGUCAUUGUGGUGGGCGCCUGUAGUCCCAGCUACUUGGGAGGCUGAGGCAAGAGAAUUGCUUAAGCCCAAAAGUUGGAGGUUGAUGUGAGCUGUGAUGCUAUGGCACUCUACCGAGGGUGACAAAGUGAGACUCUGUCUCAAAAAAAAAAAAAAAAAAAAUCCUAUAUCCCCCUCUGUGCCUUGUAUACAGGUGCUAGUAAACUUUUAUUAUGUGUACCGGUGAGAUUACCUUCUUAGCUCUGAAAAGCCAAUACCUUCUAGAUUUUUGAGGAACUUCUUGCCAAGGCCAUCCGUGCUUGUGUCAUUCUCUGAGGUCCUAGAUUGUGUGUCAUUCCAGCACAUUUUUUGCCAAGUACACGGGAUUGGCAGAGCAGAAGCGAGGAUGGGGUUGUAAAGAAAUCCAUAUUUCUUUACCAGACUAGGAGGAAUUCUAGUGCAAAUGCCUUAAAUUGCUUCUCUGUCGUUAAAUCAUUGUGAAUGUGUGCCAUCCGUGGAAUUCUUUUCUUUAGUUAUAAUUUACCUGUUCCUAAUUUUGCUACUUUUUAGAAAGGAGAAAACCUUCCUUUUCAGGCAUUGUAAAAGUCAGUUAUCAACCCAAAAUAAAAUGAUAAAUUAUUUAAUGCUCGGCAUCUCACUUUUCGCCUUUGCUAAUUUUGUUCCUAACCAAGUGCCCCCUAAAGCUAUAAACACUAUCUUUCCUUACCCUGCUUCCCAACACACACUUAUUCCUGCUAAGUUCAGACUUUUUCCAGGACAGUGGAUUUGCACCAAAUAGUUAAAACAAGUAUACUUAUGGUUUCAGAACUCCAUUACUAGUGCCAUAGUCUUGGUUUUCUUAUAUUUGAAAUCAGUGUGUAGUAACAGCUUCUUAAUUAUUCACUGUGAGAAUUUUAACCAUUAAUUUACCUCUUCAGGCUACCUACUUUUCACUAAACACAUUUUGUAGACCAUCUUUUCAUCCAUCAUGAUAGUUAGAAUUUUACUCUAGUUAAUUCUAGUGAGAAAACUUUUUUAAGGUAACAAUAUAUAAGUAACAUUUAUUAUGUGUAUAUCAAGUGAAAGUGUUUCUACAAAAUUACUUCAGAAUUACUACUCUUCCUGCAAACUUCUGUUAGUCUGUCACUUCUCAUUAUUACAGAAAAUGCUUUCAUUAUUGCAUCUACUCAUAUUUCUCACUUGGUACCUGGCAUCAACAAUCUCUUCUAUAUUUAUAAUAUCAGUUUCAGACUCUGGAAUUCAGAUAUAGCAAGAGUUUCUUAACUGCCUUUCACAAUUAAUGAUUUUGCCAUUUUGAUAGAUUUUUUCCCUACUCCAUGUAUUUUAUCAGAAAUUUAAUUGUCAUUGAAAAUCCUUUACAAAUCUAUACAAGUCCCUGUUUUUAUGCCAUUUUCUAAAGCUUAGUACUUCAAAGUUUUCAGGAAUCCAGGGAAUCAAAUCUAAGAAAUCCUAAUGUAAGCUAUUUAUAUUAGAGUAAUGAACCAUAUCGUUACUUGGUUUGAAUAAAUUCUUUUUUUUUUGAAUACUUAAGUCAAUAAAAAUUCAUUGCAUGGUUUUCAAACUUUCUGAACAUAUAUUAGGAUUCUCCAAAGAAACAGAACCAAUAGAAUGUCUAUGUAUAUAUGUGU